CAUUAAAACACCAUUUGAUACCACAUUGAUUAUUUUUAAGAAGUGGUAGUGGUAUAUAAGACUAACUUAACCAUAUUAAUUAGGGCUAAUACCACUAGGAAACUCGAACUAUCAAGAAUGUGUCAUUUGUGUCUGAACUAUUCAAUAUGACAUUUGUGUCCUAACGUAUGAUAGGUGUGUGACAUUUACGUCAUGACAAUUUUGUUGACCGUUAUGGAUAAUGGUUGACAAAGCGGUCAACCAUAAAAUGUUCACUGUUGGUUACACAGCACAUAUGUGGCAGCCACGUAUGCGCCACAUCUGGCGCCACAUCAGCUUGUUAUUUUUUAAUUAAAAUUAAUAAUUAAAAUACAAAAUAAAAACGAAUCCCAUCUUGCUCAUCUCUUCGUACCCGAACACAGAUUCACCAUGGCCGCUCAAAUGGUGAAAGACGAUGGACAAGGGAAAGACGCGCUGACCCUGAUCUCGAAAUGAAUUCUGUUCAACCUCGCCCCUAUCCUCUCCGUCGGACUACUUCAAAAGAAGCCGAGGAAGCCACUUUCCACUCUGUUCGCCUACCCCUGACGCUCUUCCAGAACAAUUCCACUUCGUUUGCGAUCUGCUUCAACUCUUAGGGCGGGAGAGAUUGAGAAGUUGUGGCAACGAAGAAGGAAUUGGAGGUGGGAGAUUGAUGAAUCGGCGGCGGGUGGUUGCGAAGAAGAAGAACUAGGGGUGGGAGAUCGAUGCAUCGGUGACGGGUGAUUGUGAAGAAGAAGAAUUGGGGGUGGGAGAUCGAUGCAGCGGCGACGGGUGGUUGCGAAGAAGAAAAAGAAGAAGAACUGGGGGUUACCCCCCAAAGCCACAAGCCCAAUCUUCUCUUCCUGCAAUCUCUCGCCAUCAUCAUCGGCGCCUCUGUCCCUCACCCCUCUCUUUGAUGGCGGGCGGAAGUUGAAUAACCAAGUCGGGAGUUUUUUCAAUUUGGUGGUGGUGGUUGUUCAAUAGCCUGCAGAGAACAGCCUACCUUUCUCCUUUCUUUCAAUUGAAGCCGAGUGGAGGAGUUCUUUCGAUUCGGACUGGAUUUGUGCGGCGGCGGAAGUGAGGAGAGAAGAUGAAGAAGCGGCGGGAUGAUCUCCUCCAUCGUUGUAUUUUUUAUUUAACUUUUUAUUAGAUGGAAAAGUAACUAAAAAUUUGCACACCUAAUGGGAUCUUGUGUGCUUGAUUUGAUGGCUCCAAGACUAAGAGAACAAGAAUGUGAUCUUUCACCUAGUUUUUCAAAAGAGCUAGUUGCCAGGUAUGAUCUUGGCCAAUUAGCAAAAAGUGAUGCUAGAAAAAAUGGUGGGUCAAGAGGUCAGCCAUCAUAGGUGCCAUGUUUGGGUGUAACUACCACCAAUGUAGUCAAAAGCGAAUUUCUACGUCGAAACAUUUUGGUGAUUUAGAAGCGUAAAAUCGUAAGUUUUUAAGUUUUAAAACGGAGUUUUUAACUACAUAAGUUAUAAAAAAUGAGAUUUUGU